AUGAAUUCAAAGGCACAAGAUACGCUUCCCAAUGCAGAAGUUGAACCAGUUAUAGUCAACGAAGAUGAAACAGAGCCUUUGUUAAACAAACACAAACAAAAACCAAAUAGCCUUAAAAAGUCCCCCAGAAGAAUUGGAGAAGAAAGCUCAGAACCAAUAUACAUGAUUGAAAAUGAAUCACAGCAAAAUAACUCUCAACUAGAGGAAUAUGUUCUACAACCCAACUUGAAGAAAAUCUAUUUGAGAUAUAAGAAGUUUAGAAGAUAUUCGAGUUUGAUUCUGAAUGUUUGCAUAUUCGUCAAUAUCUUAUGGUUAAUUUUUACGUUAGUAACAAGCUAUUUCUUCAGCUUUGAAUUACAACCAAUAAUACACAAAAGGUACAGUGGAUAUAACGACCUUUGUAUCAUAACAAUUUCAAUUAUUUCGAACUGUUUAAAUCUAUGGUCUAACAAUAUAGAGAUAUAUUCUCAUCUGGACUUUGAUCUAAAUAUAAUACUCUUUGCUUUGACAAUAUUCAACUUAAUGUUGCUCAAGAUAGUGAGAUAUACGAGUGAAAGGAUAGGAAUUAUAGGAGUAAUUACCUAUGCGUGGGCUGCCACGACGUUUGGUAUCGGGAUAUUAUUGGAUUGGAAAACAGCAAACUUCAAGAAACAGAUAGUUGUUGUAUACAAUUCUGGUACAUCUCAAAAUGACAAUGCCAGAAAUAUUAAUUCUUCACGAGCUACCUCAAUACAAAAUGAUAGCCAAAUAAAUGAACCAACUAACUCGAAUUCCUUACAGAGUAUUUAUGUACUUCCCGUAAUUGGGAACUCUCAGAAUACACAGAGACAUACCUUACAAGAGUGGACCUACAUCUUUGUAAAAGUUUUUGGAAAGUUACUUUUACUUAUGUAUAUGAUUUUUUUUACUUUAAACACAUUAUUAUCAAUUUGGGAUCUAUCAGAAGUAACUAAAAAUCUAGCAUCAAAUAAACAAUUAAAAAAUCCGGAGAAUCUUGAUGGCUUUUAUUGGGUAGAUAAGGAACAUACUUAUCAAUUACAUAUAAAAUGCUAUGGCGAUGUUUUUAAGCGCGAGCCUAGUACAAGUAAUUAUAAUAAUAACAUCGACAAGUUACAGCCUAUAAUAUUAUAUGAGCACGGUGGUUUUGACACUGAGGUAAGUUCUGCUGCUUGGUUACAUGAACUUUUUGUGGCUAAUGAGAUUGACAGAUAUUGCACAUAUGACAGACCGGGCUAUGGAUUAAGUGAUGCAUCGCCAGCUUUGCAGUCAAUUUCAACUGUAAUCAACGGUUUAGGAUAUGCACUUACUCAGGAAGCCAAUAUUACCGGUCCUUUUCUUUGUGUAGGAUAUGAUAUUGGGGGAUUAUAUUCACAGGUAUUUGCUGGCAAAUACAAUGAUAAAACUGCUGGAUUAUUGUUAAUUGAUUCAUGGCAUGAAAACCUUCUAAUAAAAGAUAAUAUCAAACACAUUUUAUCAAAAGACAAACUUUCAAAUAGUCACAAAGAACUACCUAUAUCAUUGCAACCACAUACUGGUUUAACGUUAUUUUUUGAUGGAUUAAAGUCAACUUUAGGUUUAACCCUUCAAUAUUCUUGGCUAUUCAGAAGCAAAAAUUCAAAUGAUAGAAUUUUUGGUGAUUAUAUGAGGUUCCAAGGUAAAUUCCUGAGAGCAAAAUUUCUUGAGAAAAUCACGAGUUCUUUGUUAAGUUAUCAAGAUAUACUGGAACAUCGCCAAAUCCUAGAAAAUACGAAAUUGGCUGUAGUAACAUCAAAAGAAUUGGUUAAGAAAUCUUUAAAUUGGGGAAUAUGGCAACGUGAAUUAAGUAAAAUUUCAGGAAAAACGAAAGAGUGGAAGAUGGUUGACGGUGGCCAUGAGAUUUAUUUAUCCAAAAAAGGGAUAAAUGAAACUAAAGAGGUUCUUUUGAGAUUAUUGGCGUCUUCAUGA